CGGUUCUUCCAACAUGGCCGCUAGGAUUGCGCAAAAUUGUAGACUUUUGAAAUUUCGUUCUUUGGCAAACUUGAGAGUUAGAAAUUUCUCUAAGGAGUUACGCCAUGGCUUUAUUGGAAUGGUUGGCAACACUCCUCUGAUAAGAUUUAACAAGCUCAGUGAGAAAACAGGAUGUGAUAUCACUGCUAAAGCUGAACAACUUAACCCCGGUGGCUCUGUGAAAGAUCNCAUUAUUUUCUAUUUGUCUCUAGGUUUGAUAAGACCUGGUGGAACUGUAGUCGAAGGAACAGCUGGAAAUACAGGUAUAGGACUUGCACACAUCUGUCUUGCCAAGGGUUACAAGUGUGUUAUUUACAUGCCAAAUACGCAGUCACAGGAAAAGAUAGAUGUUUUGAAGACAUUAGGUGCUGAUGUACAUCCCGUGCCUGCUGUUCCAUUUGAUGACCCCAUGAACUAUAACCAUCAGGCCAGACGAUUUGCUGAAAGCAUUGACAAUGCUGUAUGGACAAACCAGUUUGACAACAUAUCAAACAGAAGAGCUCAUUUUGAGAUGACGGGGCCAGAAAUUUGGAAUCAAACUGAUGGAAGGAUAGAUGCUGUUACGUUUUCCACCGGAACUGGUGGCACUUUAGCAGGUGAUGAUACAUCAUUUCUUCUCAUACAAAACAGUAGUGGUUUGAUCCCAGAUGUAAUUGUUGACUGUGCAGGNNGUGUACUGUACAAUUACAUCAAAACUGGCGAGUUAAAAAGAAGUGAUGGAAGUUCUAUCACCGAAGGAAUUGGACAGGGGCGUGUAACAAGCAAUUUAAACGGGGCUCCAAUCGAUGAUGCUGUGUUUGUGACUGAUAAAGAAGCAGUAGAGAUGACUUUUUAUUUGCUUCACGAAGAAGGCUUCUUUGUAGGCGCCUCGUCUGGUUUAAACGUUGCUGCAGCCGUGAAGGUCGCCGAGAUGCUUGGUCCGGGCCACGUGAUUACCACAUGUCUGUGUGACACAGGGCAGAAAUACUUCGCGCGUCUCUUUAGUAAAGACUGGAUGGAGUCGAAAGGUCUUUUAGAUGCAAUUCCUGAAAAGUAUCGUCAUUCCUUGCAUUGAUGACAACAGUAGUAGUAUAAUCUAGCUCAUGAAUGAUUUUGACAAUUUUUCCAGUGAUCUACGCACAUGUUGGAGAGCAGAUGAAGUUUUUCCUUCAUGUAACCCAACUGGUUUGUACCAGACAUAGGAACCAUUAUAUACCCCAUUCACACCAGCAAGACACGUUUAGUUAAACCAAGUUGAACAGAAUGAAAAUCAGACACAGGUUACUGAAAAACUGAAUUUUCUCAUGGGUUCAAGUCAUCACUGACUUAUAUUUUCCAUGUGCUAUAAAAUUGGAAGUCGACAAACAUCUGUCUAAACAGAGCUUAAAGCCAAGUUUGAGAAAACAGUUUUAAAACAUGUUUAAGCUUUGGUGUGAAUUGGGUAUAAACCAGAAUGCGUUGAAGCCGAUAGACAAAUAAUUGGAUCAACAACAACAACAAAAAAUAGGAAGCAAACAAACAAACAAAAGAGGACAUUUGAUGUCAUGGUUUUGAAAGAGACCGAUGAUAAAGGAUCAAGAUCGCCUCUAUUGUUUCGUAGGAAUAUGGGAAUAAUUUAUUUUCAAAGGCGCACUCACCAAAUCCUCCCUCUCUCUCACAUUCUCUUUCUUUACUAAUGCACAAUGUAAAAAUGAUUCAGGACGCUGUCAACUUUAAAACGCAUAUCAGACUAGUAUAAUUUUAAAUUCAGUUUUCGUCUCGGCAAGAAUUAAUUCAAAAGCAGAAGGGAAAGUGUUUUAUUGUACAUUGACCUGGCAAACAGCUUUCACUCAGGAGUCUUUAACGUUAUAAAAAUCCGAUUUAUAAGGUGACAGUGCCAUACAAAAAGAAUUACUAAUGCUACAUAAGUCCUGGUAUUGAUUUUUAAAGCAUAAAUACCUAAAGGAGACCUCAAUUGAAAUAACUAACUUGGUAGAGAAAUUGUGCAAGAAUUAACUAAAUGCAAGUCCCAAUUUACA